AUAACGACUUGAAUCCGAAGUGGAAUGAAGUUCAUUAUUUGCCUGUUAGAUCUAUUGGUGACAAGUUUAUUUUGAAAGUGAUGGAUUUUAACGUUUUAACAAAAGAUAAACCACUUGGACAUUGCCAUUUUGAGGUCACUAAUGAACUUGUCAAGAAG